AUUUUCAUUCAAAAUGAAAUUCUUCAUUGUAAUUUUAGCAAUUGCAGGCAUAACUUGUCAAGCACAAGAACUUAACUUUAUAAACUCGGUUGAAGUCGAAGAACGCAUUGUCGGCGGUGAAUUUGCCGAAGAAGGUCAAUUCCCGCAUCAAGUCGCCCUAUUCCGAGACAAUCGUUUCUCUUGUGGAGGAUCAAUUGUUGGUGAACGAUUUGUUUUAACUGCAGCUCAUUGCGUUUAUGACUCCAACGGUCGACUUAUUCCAACACGUUCCUUAACUGUCCUUUCUGGCUCCACAAAUCUCGAAAAUGGCACAUUUCAUAGUGUUCGUCGCAUUUCUCCGCAUCACCAAUACGGAAACUUUGAAAACGACAUUGCCCUCCUCAAAAUUUCCGACAAAUUCGAGUUUGACAAUUUCACACAGCCAAUCGAGCUGAGCAGAAAUCACGUGGGUCCCAAUACGGUCGUUGAGCUGUCGGGAUGGGGUCGCGUCGGAACUGAAGAUGAAAUUUCCUUCGACUUGAAAUUCACGACAGCUCAUGCUGUGGGCGAGAAAAAAUGUCGCGAAGUAACCGGCGUUCAAAAUGGGAUUUUGUGUCUCGAGUCAGCUGAUGACGAAGGAGUUUGUUUCGGAGACUCCGGUGGUCCGGCAACGGCAAAUGGAAAGUUGGUUGGUGUGGCAAACUUUAUCGUUGACGAAUGCGGAACUGCACACCCCGAUGGUUAUGCAAGUGUCGCUUACUUCUACGAUUGGAUCGUCAAGAGACUCAAAUGAAUGAGAGUGUAAUUAAAAUAUAAAAGUGAGUUUAAUUAAAAAUUAAUAGUCCUUAAUCAAGCGAGAAACGGAGGUCUUUGUUCUUCAC